UUUGGUUUGUGUUUUGUUCAUGGUUUAGUUUUUGUUUUAUAUGCACUAAAAAAAGCUUUGUUUAUGGUUCAUUUAAGGUUGGUGGCCAUGGGGAAAAUAAUGGAGGGGGAUUCAAUCAUACACACAGUGGCAUAUGCAGAUGAUGUUGUCAGGGUAAGUGUAGAAACAGUUAUUGAUCCUGAGGCUGAGGUCCCCUAUGCCACCUCAGAAAUACAAUAUGUGAAGCAGGCCGUCAAUACAUUUGUAGCUUGGCCCACACACCUUGUGAAAGCUGUAUUAGAUGAGCAUCCACAACGUAUUCCACACAACGAGGAUGCACAUGUGCCGAAGCCGGCUAAUGUGAACGCAGAUGAUCCGUUGCGUGAAUUGAUGAAGUACAGUUUCGAUCUUUACGACAAGCCACUUCAAAUCAGCUUUGAUGGGAGCUUUCUUGGAAUUGUAGAUGCAUCUACAUCGAUAUUCAUCACAUAUUCAGAUGUUAUUGAAAUAAUAGCAGGAGACAAAAGUCUGAACAUAUCUGUCAUACAAUUAUGGUUAAUGUAUAUUCAUGAGUGGAGUCAGAUAUUCAGUCAAGGUUUCAUGUAUGCAUUCCUUGAGCCACAGUCGUUGGUUUGUUCAAAGGAUAGACGCAGCGAAUGCGAACAAUAUCUUGAAAGAUGGCUUAAGGAAUCUGACCGAGAGGUGUACAUUGGACCUUACUUCCAUCAGGAACAUUGGCAACUCAUAAUUUUGUGUCCUAGGCAACAUGUUGUUGUUUGGUUCUGUUCUUUGCGUAGGAAACCUGAUAUGCAUAUCAAAGCUACAAUUAAUAGUGUAAUGACAAAAUUGAAGAAGACCUUGUCUCCUGAAACUAAGGCAGUUGCACCAAAGUGGAUUGAAGUAAAGGUAAGUCAGCUAUGUACCAUGUGUUAG